CCUUUAAUAACUUAAACUGGAUAUUAUAGUUGUAAACUGCCCUAGAGCUCCCUCUAGUGGCUGCUUUGUAAUAUGGGUUUGGUUACUUUAGGAAGGGAAAAAAUGAGAACGUGAAGAAGAAAUCAAAGAUGGCGGAAAGUGAUGCCGUAAUGUUAUUGUUCUAAGCCAAUACGGACCUUAAAAUGUUGUUGCCUUGGACAAGAUAUGUCUUUUUACGAUGGUCAAAGAGAAGGCAAUGGUCAGAGGCCAUUCUUCAAUAAAUCAGCGCAAAAAGGAAAAUAAGUCUGGUUUUUGGAACAUCGUUAUCUCGCUGUCUAGCUGGUGAAACUAAGAAACUCAGGGCGAGGACAGCAUAGUAAAAAGACAUUAGCGCAGCGGGCACAACCACGAGGAGCUAUUUUCAGCGCAUCAGUUAUGAGCCUACGGUCAGGAAAGCAAUAUCAACUGGAUCUUCCAGAAGAGGAAGAAACACCAGACCAAAGAGAAACAGAACAAGUGCACAACGCAGAGGAUAUGGAGAACAAGGAUAAUGCAAGCAACGCAGACACACAGGCGGAGUCUAGACGCUCGCGUACAUCCAAGCGUUCAGCCACAAGUUCUGCAGCACUUAAAGCACGAGCAAAAGCAGAGAUUGCACGUGCACAGCUGGCUUAUUCAGAAAGAGAAGCAGCUAUAAUGAAACAAAAAACUGAACUUGAGGCUAAUUUACAUGUUUUGAGUUGUCAAAAGGCUGUUGCAGUUGCAGAAGCAGAGGUUGCAGUUUAUGAAGAAGAGGAGGAGGGACUCUCAAAAAGUGAACUGCGCUAUCCAUUGGUGGGACCACCCGCUAGUCCAAAACAACGCACAGCAGAGUAUGUACAAAAACACUCAGAUAUUUGCCUUGAAGGAUUCAAACUAAAAGUAGAUCCACUUGCCUGUCACAAAGCUGCACGUGAACAAUGCGAAAUGGCUAUGAAUGCAGAUAUAGACAAUGACGGCUCACACAGUGCUCAAAAGGCUAAUGUUAAAGUGGAACUCCAAACACAACAGAGAGAGAGACUGGAUUCCCCCAAACCUUAUCCGUACAACACUCUUCAAACAUCAACAGAGAUACAGGGUGUCCAGGAUAUUACAAGGUACCUGACACGGAGGGAAAUGUUAAGUACUGGACUUUUGCAGUUUGAUGACCACCCAGAAAACUACUGGGCGUGGAAGGCAUCAUUUCAAAGUGCUAUUAAAGACUUGCAUGUUACAGCUCAAGAGGAGCUAGAUUUAAUGGUCAAAUGGCUUGGAGUUGAGUCUGGUCAGCAGGCCAAAAGAAUCCGAUCAGUCCAUGUCUUUAAUCCAGCUGCAGCUCUCAACCUUGUGUGGCAAAGACUCGAGGAAUGUUAUGGAUCUCCAGAAGUGGUAGAAAAUGCACUGUUAAAAAAGAUUGAACAGUUUCCCAAACUAAACAACAGAGACAACACAAAGUUAAGAGAGCUGGGUGAUGUUCUGCAGGAAAUAGAAUGUGCAAAAGAUGGAGGAUACCUACCAGGCCUCUCAUAUUUGGACACAGCUCGCGGAGUCAACCCCAUUGUGGAAAAGUUACCCUAUGGACUGCAGGAAAAAUGGAUUGCAACAGGAGCAAAGUACAAAGAAGACCAUAAAGUUGCUUUCCCCCCUUUCAGUGUCUUUUCAAAGUUUGUAAGACAACAAGGCAAAAUAAGAAACGACCCAAGCUUUGUCAUCACACCUCCUGCCGACACAAGCUUCAAGAAGGAGAAAAGCUUCAGAGGCAGUAACAGGCAAGUGAUUAGUGUACACAAAACGGACAUUCCUACAGACACUAGUUCACCUCAAAAUAGUUACAGCAAGCCAAUAGAAAGCCCUGACAAGGUAUGCCCAAUACAUAAGAAGCCUCACCCUCUUAAAAAGUGCAAGAGUUUUAGAGCAAAGCCCAUAGAUGAGCGCAAGUCAUUUUUAAAAGAGAACAGAAUCUGUUUUAAAUGCUGUGGCUCUACUCAACAUCUAGCAAGAGACUGCAGGGCUCAAAUAAAAUGCAUGGACUGUGGUAGCGACAGGCAUUUAGCAGUGCUACAUCCAGGUCCACCCCCUGCGCCAGCUGAGAGCUCUGAAGCUGAUAAAGAUGAUGGCGGGGAGACACAGGAUAGUGCAAUUGCCUCAGUUGUUUCCAAAUGCACAGAAGUCUGUGGUGAUGCAGAUAGCCCACAUUCAUGCUCAAAAAUAAGUCCUGUGUUAGUCUAUCCAGAAGGCGAAAAAGAACGGGCUAGAAAGAUGUAUGCAGUGCUUGAUGAACAAAGUAACAAGUCACUAGCUAAGUCUCAGUUUUUUGAGCUCUUUAAUAUUAAGACACGCUCAGACACUUACAAGCUCAGAACAUGCUCAGGACUGUCAGAUAAUGUCGGCAGAACUGCAGUAAACUUCAUGAUUGAGUCAAUGGAUGGUAAAGUGAAGCUCCCACUCCCAAACCUGAUUGAAUGUGACAUGAUUCCAGAUGACAGGAGAGAGAUUCCCUCUCCACAAGUGGCCAUGAAGUUCCCACACUUACAGAAGAUAGCUGAAAAAGUACCUCCUGUAGAAGAACAAGUACCUAUUCUGUUGCUUUUGGGAAGAGACAUUAUACAGGUACACAAAGUCAGAGAGAGAAUCAAUGGGCCACACAAUACACCUUAUGCACAGCGUUUGGAUUUAGGCUGGGUUAUAGUUGGGGAAGCCUGCAUGGGGAAGACGCAUAAGCCCCCUAAUGUGAGUGUUCUCAAAACACAUAUUCUUCAGAAUGGCCGUGCUUCUUACCUCUGCCCAUGUCCUAACACGUUUCAAAUCAAAGACCAGUUAAACACCACACCUAACCCCAAAAAGGACAGGGGAAACACAAACACCAAUCAACUGGGAGAAACUGUUUUUGACAGGACAAAGGAAGAUGACAAACCAGCACUGUCAGUAGAGGACAAAGACUUCAUUGACAUCAUGGAGAAGGAGGUAUAUCAAAACGAAUGUAACAGCUGGGUGGCGCCUUUGCCAUUCCGCUCUCCAAGACCAAAGCUUCCGAGUAACAGAGAGCAAGCAUUCAAGCGCCUCCAAUCUCUCAGAAAGACACUGGACCGGAACCCUGAAAUGAAAAGACAAUAUAUCGAAUUCAUUCAAAACAUGCUGGACAAUGACCAUGCAGAAGUCGCUCCACCUUUGGACUCAAACAAAGAACAUUGGUACUUGCCAUCCUUCGGUGUGUACCACCCACAAAAACCUAAUCAGCUGAGAGUAGUCUUUGACUCAAGUGCAGAAUUUGAAGGACAGUCCCUUAACAAAGUCUUAUUAAGUGGACCCGACCUAAAUAACACACUACUAGGUGUCCUUAUGCGUUUUAGGAAAGAGCCUGUAGCAUUUUCAGCUGAUGUGCAACAAAUGUUUUAUUGUUUUGAAGUGAGAGAGGAUCAUAGGGAUUAUCUGAGAUUCCUUUGGUAUGAAGAUAAUGAUCCCAACAAAGGUAUCUGUGACUAUAGAAUGAGGGUUCAUGUUUUUGGGAAUAGCCCUUCCCCAGCUGUGGCUAUUUAUUGUAUGAGGCGUGCUGCAGUCGAGGGAGAAGAAGAGCACGGACAUGAUGCAAAGCAGUUUGUAAUGAGACAUUUUUAUGUUGAUGAUGGUCUCGCAUCCACAGCAACAGUGGAAGAAGCUGUUGAGACACUCACAAGCGCUCAAAAGAUGCUGGCACAGUCAAACUUAAGGCUACAUAAAAUAGCCUCUAAUGACCACAAAGUAGUGGAAGCGUUUCCUGCUGCUGAGAGAGCCAAGGAUCUAAAAGACUUGGAUUUAGAGUUGGACGACAUACCCCUGCAAAGGAGCUUGGGGGUACUGUGGAAUCUUAAAAAUGACUGUUUUACCUUUCACGUCACCACUGAACAAAAGCCGUUCACCAGGAGAGGUGUCUUGGCCACUGUUAACAGUCUGUAUGACCCGCUGGGUUUCGUGUCACCCAUCACAAUGCAGGGAAAAGCUCUUCUCCGUGAAUUGACCUCAGAGCAAAAGGACUGGGAUGAAUCACUUCCUGCAGAAAGAGAAGAUGAAUGGAGCAAAUGGAGAAGCUCAUUGAAGGAUCUUGAGCGGCUACAGAUACCGAGGUGCUACCUACCGUUCUCCCAAGCCAUUGCUGUGAAAAAAGAACUGUGCAUAUUUUCAGAUGCCUCCACCAUGGCCAUAGGAGCAGUGGCAUAUCUGAGAGCUCUUGAUGGUGAAGGUCAGUGGCACACAGGUUUCAUCAUGGGCAAGUCCAAAGUAGCCCCAAGACCCGCUCACACUGUUCCUAGAUUGGAGUUAUGUGCAGCAGUGUUAGCUGUAGAGAUGUACGAACUCAUUAGAGAUGAGAUUGACAUUGAAGUAGACACUGUCAGGUUUUUCACAGACAGUAAAAUCGUUCUUGGUUACAUACACAACAACAUAAAGAGGUUCUACACUUAUGUGGCUAACCGAGUGAUUAGAAUCAGAAAGACUACACAUCCAGCACAGUGGUUUUACAUAGCCACUAGUGACAAUCCAGCAGACACAGCCACUAGACCGAUUACAGCUUCUGCAUUGGCUUCCACGAACUGGUUUAGUGGUCCUUCCUUUUUGACACGACACGACAUAGAGAAGUCUCACUGUGAUAGUUUCACACUGAUCGAUCCUGACACAGAUGCAGAGAUCAGACCUGAUAUAACAAGUUUUGUUACCAAAGCCUCAGUAACACAGCUAGAGCCAUGCCGUUUUGAAAGAUUCUCUCACUGGAUGAGAUUGUGUCGCACUAUUGCAUCACUAAAACGUGUGGCAGCAUCAUUCAAGAAAACAAACACAGAAGGUAAAGGCUGGAAGUGUUUCAGUGAAACUAACACCGCAGAUGAAGUGUCUAAAGCAGCAAAGUUCAUCAUUCACGCAGUACAAAGUGAAACGUUCAAAGAAGAGUACAGAUGCAUAAAAGAAAAUCAGCCACUUCCAAGACAAAGCCGUCUUCAAAGGUUAAAUCCAGUUAUUGAUGAAGAUGGGCUCCUCAGACUAGGAGGUCGAUUGGCACCUGCUAACCUAACAAAAGAUGAGAAACAUCCACUCAUUAUCCCAAAUGCUCAUCAUAUAGCCAUCCUUCUUAUUAGAUACCAUCAUGAGAGGGUAGCACAUCAGGGGCGUCACCUAACAGAAGGAGCGCUCAGAGGUGCUGGAUUUUGGAUUAUUGGCAGUAAACGGCUUGUCUCUUCUGUUAUUUACAAGUGUGUUCUCUGUCGAAAGCUUCGAGGACGACUUCAGACCCAAAAGAUGGCAGAUUUACCCGUGGACAGGCUGACACCAAUGCCACCGUUCACUAGUGUAGGACUGGAUGUCUUUGGACCCUGGACGGUCACCACACGUCGCACCAGAGGAGGAAGUGCAGACAGUAAACGCUGGGCUGUGCUUUUCACCUGCAUGUCCACGAGAGCUGUGCACAUUGAGCUCAUUGAAUCAAUGUCAACAUCCAGCUUCAUCAAUGCCUUAAGGAGAUUUUUCUGCAUCCGUGGACCUGCUCAGAUACUCAGAUCUGAUAGAGGUACAAAUUUUGUUGGAGCAUGCAAUGAGUUGCAAAUUGAUCACAAGGACACAGAACUAAACUUAUACCUGCAAGAAAAAGGAUGCACAUGGCUGUUUAAUCCUCCACACUCGUCACACAUGGGUGGAUCGUGGGAGAGACUUAUUGGAGUUGCAAGGCGCAUCCUAGAUGGUAUUCUGUUGAAAGCCGUACAUGUCCAACUAACGCAUGAAGUGUUAAGUACAUUCAUGGCAGAAGUAAUGGCAAUAAUGAAUGCAAGACCACUUGUACCAGUCUCAACAGAUCCAGACAAACCAAACCUUCUCACUCCAGCAAUACUCCUUACACAAAAGGUCAAUGCGUUAUCUGCACCAACAGAAAGCUUUGGACCGCCAGACCUCUACUCAAAGCAAUGGAAGCAAGUACAGUGUUUGGCAGACUCUUUUUGGAAACAGUGGAAAAGUGAAUAUCUUUCAACACUACAGCAAAGGAGAAAAUGGACUGAUGGUAAAACAAACAUAAAAGUUGGUGAUGUUGUGUUAUUGAAAGAUGCUCUCGCACACAGAAAUGACUGGUCCAUGGGAAAAGUUGUAAAAACAUUUGAGAGCAAGGACAAUAAGGUUCGAAAAGCAGAAGUAAAGACUGUGAAAGAUGGAAGUGAAAAAGUGUUUUUGAGACCCAUCACUGAUAUGGUUUUGCUUUUAUCAAGUGAUAAAUAAGUGUGUUUGUAAUAGCCGUAAACUGUUCUAAAUGUUUAUUAGAAAA